AUGUCUAGUUCCUCACCAUCAAAUAUUAUACUAGGUUGUUCAGUUGCUGUUAUAUCAUCUGCCAUACAGUCUUUAGGUAUAACAUUACAAAGAAAAUCACAUUUAUUACACAAUUUUUAUGCAACUAGUAUAAAUAGUAAUAUUUUAGAUGAUGUUGGAGUAGUACAUUUAAAUCAUCUGCAACAAAAGAGAAAAAGAAAUAUGUGGAUACUUGGAUUUUCAUUAUUUAUAAUUGCAAACAUCUUGGGAUCUAUUAUACAAAUUACAAUAUUACCAUUAAUUAUAUUAUCACCAUUACAACUGAUUGGUUUAAUUUUCAAUAGUAUAUUUAGUUGUUUAUUAAUACCUGGUGAUGUUUUUACCAAAAAAUUAUGGUAUGGUACUAUAAUUAUCAGCAUAGGCGCAUUUAUAAUUGCAUAUAAUGUAAAUGUUAAACCUGAUGAUGAUGAUCCAAUAAACAUACCAAAUGUAGAUGAAAGAUUACAAGCAUUAGUUGAUAAAUUAUUCAAUAAAUCAUUUAUGAUUUGGUUUAUUAGUACUUUUAUAAUUAUGGGAAUUUUAUUAUUGAUAAAUAAAUUUUAUUUAAACAAGAAAAUUAAAGAAACUUCAACAAGUACAACCAAAGAUCUUGAUGAUUCUCAUUGGUUUAGUUUUAAUAGAUUUCAAUUUUUUAAAGGUAUAAAUUAUGGUAUUAUAAGUGGUACAUUAACUGCUCAUACUUUUUUAUUUGCCAAAUCAAUAAUUGAUAUAGUAACUGAAAGUAUCAUGAAGAGCCAUUCAUUAAAAGAUUUUGUUCAAAAUCCAUUACCGUAUAUUUUAAGCUUGGUAAUGUUAAGUAUAGUUGGUUUACAGUUGACUGCUUUUAAUUUAGGUUUAAAAGAAAUUACAACUGCUAUAUUAUAUCCAUUAUGUUUUUUAAUUUAUAAUUUGAUAAAUUUAAUUAAUGAAAUUAUAUUCAGUUCAUUAUUAACAAAUGAUAAAAUGUCAAUUGUACAAUUAAUUUGGAUUAUAUUUGGUUUAUGUGGGGUCUUAUUUGGAGUUAUUAUAUUGAGUUAA